CCUGGCCCCCAGGUGAGCCCCUCGCUCUCCUCGCAGCCCAGCGCGGCGCCCGCCGACGGCUUUGCCUCCUCAGACGACGAGGCCGCCGAGGAGGACCCGAGCCCGCUCCACAUCUCCUGGUUGUCUUUGUCUCCUCUCUACUCUUCCAAGUUCCUGGGAUUAUGCUCCCUUCCAGGUUGCAGGUUUAAGGAUGUCAGGAGGAAUCUUCAGAAGGAUGUAGUUUCCCACAGCUUCUUACAACCAGAUGUUUCCUUCUCUCCCAGCUGUUACGGUGGCCUCGGGCGCUCCUGUCUCGUGGCUGCCUGUCUCCUGCUCCAGCUCUCGGACACACUGGCACCUCAGCAGGUGAUAGAGAGCCUCAGGAACCUGAGGGGAUCCGGGGCCAUCCAGACCAUCAAGCAGUACAAUUUCCUCCACGAUUUCCGGGAGAACCUGGCUGCACACCUGGCAACGACGGGCACGGUGCCGAGAUCGGCGUCGCGGUAGCUGGCACUGCCCUGGGCAUCUCUGUCUGUGGAACACACGUGGAUGAGGCACCUCUCCCCUGACCUUGACUUCCUCACUGCUCCUGCCUGGGGGACACAGCUGCUCCCUCCCAAAUCCAGCUGUGAAACUUGGGGGUGGGGAUGGAGAUCCUGCAGGAUGUGCAGCAUCUCCCCCUCCUUGGUGACUUUAAUACUCACUGCCUUAAAAAUACAUCUGCAAGUGUGGUUGUGCUCACUGCUGUUCUGGUGGCCUGCACGCCUGGCUUUCCAUAUAAUAAUCUGGAUUCAUGUUGGGAUGACGGAGCUGGAUAAAAAUUACAACACUGGAGCCGUUUACAAACACUCUCAGCAAGGCCAGGCUGGAGGGCUCACCCCUUCUGAGCUGUAAGAACUCGUUCUAAAACGUCACAUUUCCGCUCCCCGUGUUCAGGAGUAUUUAGGAAUGGGUCCCCUCAUUCCACAAGUAGGAGGUGUUGCACCACAGAUCUGUAACAAGCCAAACAGGUGGGUUUUUAGGUGGCUGCCGGGAAGAGACACUGCUGUAGCUGCGUGGGUGAGGCUCUGGCACAGCCCUUCUGCCUGCUGACAGCAGAGAAAGUAAACAAACAAUCAGCUGUGAGCCGGAGAGGAUCCCACAGGAACACUCCUCCAACAGUCCCCAUCCCUCCUGUUCCACUAUAUCCACUCAUGAAGGGAAGAUGAACAGGCAGGUUUUGCUAAAACCUUGAUUUUUUCAGGACCUUCCCAACUCAGAAGUUGUGACAUGAGACUCCACCACAGCUCCGGUGGCUUUGAGUUGAAGGAGAACUGACUUGAAUUUAAAUUUCUCCCUUUAACAUGUUUAAAACCAGACACC